ACCCCACUCUUUCUUUCUUUCUAUCAUAUCACUAGUAUCCAAAGCAGUGCUUUCAUAUGCAGCAAGUCAAUAAGCCUCUCCCCUUUCAUCAAACAACUUGUUCAAACUAGUUUGCACAGCAAAAAGGAAACCAAAACAGAUUCUUCAUAUCUCUGUCUUCCCAAGAGAUGCCAGAGGGUGGUGCUGUGGUCGUUGUUGAAGAUAUAUCGUCGCAAAACUCGAACGAUGGAGAUGACAAUGAAGAACAUGAUAUGAAGCCAUCUUGUGAUGAUGAUGGUUCCCCAGAGCUGAACCUUCUUGAUUCAUUGGAGACCACUGGGGGAUCAUCAGAGGAUAAUAAUCAGAGCCCAAGAGUCUUCUCCUGCAACUAUUGCCAAAGAAAAUUCUAUAGCUCCCAGGCACUUGGUGGCCACCAGAAUGCCCACAAGAGGGAGAGGACUCUAGCCAAGAAGGGGCAGAGAUUAGGGCCAUACUUCAUGGCUGCAGCCAUGGCUUUUGGCCACUCCUCCACCCAUCAUCACCACUAUUCCACCAUGGCUUCUAGAUCUCUCCCUCUCCACAACCCUCUUGGAAUUCACCCACACUCCAUGAUUCUUAAGCCCUCUACUAUCCAUUCUCUACACGAAAGGCGGUCAUCGAGGCCAAUUAUCAGCCAACAGCCAGCAGUGGGGAAGCUCUCUGCGCCAGCAAACUUCCAUAUUAGCCCACCAACAAACAUAGAAAGAUCAUCAUCAACAACACUUCUUUCCCCUCAAGAAAGCGCAACUGGUGGCGGGUUUUGGGCAGCUAGUUCAUCAAGCAAUCAUUUGAAGAAUAAUAGUAGAGGAGACUUGCCAAAUCUUGACUUGUCUCUUAGACUCUAAGUUCUUCAUCCCUUAGCAAAAUAUAAUCCCCCUUUAUAAGUUUUCCCCCCUAUUGUUGCUUCAUCCAUCAAUCUGAACUGUUAAAUAUUUUGUCAUAUUUUUCUUGAUAUUACUUACUAUAUAUCUUUGGUUACAGAAGAAAAGAGAAGAAAUUGUCCUCCUAGAUUUGCCAAACCUAGCUACAUCUUCCUCCAUAGAUUGUUAGUUGAUAAAAAAAUGGUGAAAGUAGAAUAAGAACAUGUCUAUAUGUAUAUAAUAUACUUCUCUAUUUGCAGUACUAUGGCUGCUCACCUA